CGGCAGGGUUUACGAAGCUCCCGGACCCUUUCCCACCCUUCCCUUCCCUACUCGAGCUGCUCUCACUGCAGGGCGGGUUCUGCAAGCCUCGUCCAAGCAAGCAGCGGCAGCAGCUAGGUCAGCAGAGGGUUGGCUCCGCGUUGCAGAGCAUCUUCAUCCGCCACCAGGCCCCGCCCCGCAGCGGCGGCGAGCCAGGCCACGCAGAGGACGACUACAGAACCUGGUGUCUGACUUCAUCAGCCUCCGCAGCCGGAUCUUUCUCUGUCGGGGUCCUCAGCUAAGACCUCUGCCAUGCCGGUGACAGUGACCCGCACGACCGUCACAACCACCACCACGUCAUCUUCAGGCCUGGGCUCCCCGACCAUCCUGGGGUCCCCUCGGGCACUGACCCAGCCCCUGGGCCUCCUCCGACUGGUACAGCUGUUUUCCACUUGCGUGGCCUUCUCAUUGGUGGCCAGCGUGAAUGCUUGGUCAGGGUUCGCCGGUCACUGGUGUAUGUUCUCCUGGUGCUCCUGCUUUGCUGUGACCCUCAUCAUCAUCAUUGUGGAGUUAGGUGGGCUCCAGGCUCGCUUCCCACUGUCCUGGCGCAACUUCCCCAUAACCUACGCCUGCUAUGCCGCCCUCUUCUGCCUCACGGCCUCCAUCAUCUACCCUACCAUCUACGUCCAGUUCCUGUCUCACGGCCGCUCAAGGGACCAUGCCAUCGCCGCCACCUUCUUCUCCUGCGUCGCUUGUGUGGCUUAUGCCACUGAGGUGGCCUGGACCCGGGCCCGGCCCGGCGAGAUCACUGGCUACAUGGCCACUGUGCCAGGCCUGCUCAAAGUGGUCGAGACCUUCGUGGCCUGCAUCAUCUUCACCUUCAUCAGUGAGCCCAACCUGUACAAUCACAAGCCGGCCCUCAAUUGGUGCGUGGCCGUCUACGCCAUCUGCUUCAUCCUGGCCGCUGUGGCCAUCCUGCUGAACCUGUGCGACUGCACCAACGUGCUCCCCAUCCCCUUCCCCACAUUCCUGUCCGGGCUGGCCCUGCUCUCUGUCCUCUUCUAUGCCUCUGCCAUGGUCCUCUGGCCUCUCUACCAGUUCGACGAGAGGUACGGUGCCCAUCCAGAGCGGUGGAAGGAUGCUAGCUGCCAGAACAAGCACAGCUCCUAUGUGUGCUACUGGGACCGCCGCCUGGCUGUGACCAUCUUGACGGCCAUCAACCUGCUGGCUUAUGUGGCCGACCUGGUGUACUCGGCCCGUCUGGUUUUUGUCAGGGUCUGAGGCUCUGACCAGGAAGGAGCUCCCGAAUCCCACUUCUUUCCCCGGGUGUCUUUAAUGAGUUCUGAUUUCCUCUGAUGUCCUCUUCCUGGGUCCCUCUCUUCCCCUUCUCUUCUCUUUCCCAUUCAGCUCACUGUCUCCUGUCUCUUCCACCUGCUCCCCUCUAUCCUGAUGCUCUGCCUCCUUCUUUUCCUGCUUGUUUUUUUUUUUUGGUUGCCCACAUCCUGUUUUGCCUUUCUCUUUUCACUCUCUUUUCUACUUAGUGUGUUGCUCGGUUCUUUUCUGGUCAUCCUGUUGGUGUUCUCACCUACCUUCUUUCCUGAAUGCUUCCCAUUUUCCUUCUUUCAAUAUCCUCGGGAGCCCUGAGACUUCUCUGUUCACCCCCCCACUGCCACCCCCCACUCCAAAGGUGCUGAGCUCCACAUCCCACACCCCUCUUCGCAGCUGUUCAGACCCUGGGCCCCCUGAGGGGCCUCAUUGCCAAAGCAUGUGCCCACCCUGGCUGUGCCUUAGUAGGUGUGUGUGUAUGUGUGUUUGGGGGGUGGGGUGGGUGGGUAGCUAUGGAUUGGUCUCCCUUUCUCCCAGUGGAAGGGGGUAUACAGUGCACCUCUUUUUUAAGUUAAAAAAUGCCUGGAGGUUAAUAAUUUCUAGUGGGUGGGAGGCUUAAAUCACAGACCCCGACUGCUUAGUCCCUGCCUGACACUCAGCCUUACCUGAGAUUGGCUCCAGAAUUUUUGCCAGGCUUAGUAAAACCUUGUGCCUAGAGGCCCUCUUAAAGGAAGCAGAGAGUGAUGGAUGCCUUCCACCCCAGCUGCUCUCUGGAUGUCAAGAUUCCUGAAGUGUUUGUGAGGGGCAGGCAUGUGGGGCUCCAGCCGUAGUAUUAAAAACAGCAUGCACUGCCUUUGC